AAUUGGACUAAACUUACAAAACGUAUCAAUCAGUAUUUAUCUCUUAUAAAUAUCAAUCAAACACCCCAUCCUAUUAUUAGAAAAUUGGCAAGAACGGACCAAGAUGGUAAUAACAACAGUAGAUCUUUUGAAGAAUGAAAUUCCAAUAGAGGAGGAAUCAGUGAUCAUCACUGAAGAUGUUAAGGCUGGCCUUGUUCUUGUGGACAUCAUCAAUGGUUUUUGCACUGUUGGUGCUGGAAAUCUGGCACCAAGAGAGCCAAACAGGCAGAUGUCUGAAAUGAUGGAUGAAUCAGCAAGGCUUGCUAGGGUGUUCUGUGACAAGAAAUGGCCAGUUCUUGCUUUUCUUGAUUCACACCAUCCUGACAAACUUGAACACCCUUAUCCAUCUCACUGCAUCACUGGCACUGAUGAAUCCAACUUGGUUCCUGCACUAAGAUGGGUGGAGAAGGAACCAAAUGUAACAAUCAGGCGCAAAGAUUGCUAUGAUGGCUAUAUUGGUUCCUUUCAGGAGGAUGGCUCUAAUGUGUUCGUUGAUUGGGUGAAGAACAACAAAAUUCAACUUCUGUUGGUGGUAGGAGUGUGCACAGACAUUUGUGUGCUGGACUUCAUUUGCUCAACAUUAUCAGCUAAGAACCGCGGUUUCCUCAACCCUUUGGAGGAAGUAGUAGUUUACUCUCAGGGAUGUGCCACCUUUGAUUUUCCUGCCUCCAUGACAAGAAAUACCAAAGAUAUUUCACCACAUCCUCAGGAGCUAAUGCAUCAUGUGGGACUCUAUAUGGCCAAGGGAAGGGGUGCCAGAAUAGCUAGAGAAGUCUCCUUCAACAACUUGAACAAACCAUGAUAUGUUGCAGUAAUUUCUUUGGCAAGGGGUGCAUCGUAUGCUGCAGAUUCUGAUGGUUUCUGUACUCCAAUAGUUCUCUAUGAUUACAAUAAUGCUACAACAUAGUGCGUGUGUAUAUAUACAUAUAAAAAUAAUGAGUUUGGAUAUGCUGUUCUCACUAGAUCAACACAAGAAUACCAAGUUUAACCUGAUGCAUUGUACAAUCAAUAUAUAUAUGUUAUGUAUGCAGUGUCCUUACACUCCUAUAAUAGAAUUGUAGUUUAUCCA